CAACUCCACAACACAUAAACUUAAAUAUAAAAUGGUAUUACAUAAUACAACAUGUUGCAUUAGCAUUACUAAAUACAAAGUUUUUAAAGCAAUGGGAGAUCAACAAAAGGUGUUUCCAGUUCUUCAAAUGGAGACUAAGAAGACGACUACAACAACACCAGCUCCCACAAAGACAGAACUGCUUCCAGUUCAACGGCCUGUCGUUACGCCUCCUGCGAUGCGUAAUAAGAAGGGAAAUCUUUGUUGCAAAAUAUUAUGUUGGGUGUUAAGCCUUCUAGUCAUUGCAUUGAUCGCUUUGGCGAUCGCGGUUGCGGUUGUAUACUUUGUUUUCCAUCCUAAACUCCCACGCUACGAGGUAAACAGUUUGCGAGUUACAAACCUCGGGAUCAAUUUAGACCUUUCUCUCUCCGCGGAGUUUAGAGUCGAGAUUACAGCUCGUAAUCCCAACGAAAAAAUCGGGAUUUACUACGAAAAAGGAGGUCAUAUCGGUGUAUGGUACGACAAAACAAAGCUUUGCGAGGGGCCUAUACCGAGGUUUUAUCAAGGGCAUCGCAAUGUGACUAAACUAAAUGUGGCUCUAACAGGAAGAGCACAAUACGGGAACACUAUAUUGACGGCUUUACAGCAGCAGCAACAGACCGGACGUGUCCCAUUAGAUCUUAAAGUGAAUGCACCUGUUGCAGUAAAACUCGGGAAAUUGAAGAUGAAGAAGAUUCGGAUAUUGGGGAAUUGUAAGCUUGUUGUUGAUAGCUUAUCAACAAACAAUAAUAUCAACAUCAAAGCUAGUGAUUGUAGUUUUAAAGUCAAACUAUGAGAUGUUCUUAGUUCUAGGCUUUUAUUGUUUACUCGUGUCACUCAAUUCAUUAUUCACUUAUACAUUUGAUUUAUGUUCUGAA